AUGAAAACUGUUGUAAAUAUUGUAAAUUCAAUGAGAGGAGGCAAAGCCCAGAAACAGAGAGCAUUUAUUGCAUUUGUGGACAAUCCGGAUCCUGAGUAUGGUGACAUUUCGUUGUACUGGUACUGUCAAGUGCGCUGGCUAAGUGCUGGAAAUUGUCUGCAACAGUUUUUUGGAUUGAGGAAUGAAAUUCUUGCUUUCCUCACAAAAGAAAACAUUGGGCAUGAGCAUCAAGAAAAAUUGGAAGAAAUCCAGUUUUUAAAUAAUCUUGCUUUUCUGACGGCUUUAAAAAUCCCAUCUAAGUGCUUUAAACUGAAAACUACAAGGCAGGAAAUAAAAUAUAUCCCAGCUUUACGGGCAUAUUGA